AUGGCACCUGCUUCUGCGCCUGAGCCUAUGUAUCGCAAAGAUGAGAAGGUCUACUGCUUCCACCAUGAGUUGCUCUACGAGGCCAAGGUACUCGAGCUCAGGCCCGUCGACGGCGACGACAAGAAGAGUGGCUUCCAGUACCGAGUCCACUACAAAGGCUGGAAAAACACCUGGGACGACUGGGUUCCCCAAGAUCGACUACGCAAGCUAUCUCCAGAGAAUAGAGAGUUGGCAAACAACCUAAGGCAUGAGAUGCUAGCUGCACAGCGUGCUGCAAGAGCCCAACCGCAACCUGCCAAGAAGAAGGUUCAGGGCUCCACAAGAGGGAGCGAAGAGCGUCAAACCUCUGCUUCCGCUCCUUUACCACGUGGUCAGAAAAGAUUGCGUGAUAACGAUCUCGAGAAAGAGGAACACUUUCACAGCAAGUUGGCUGUCAGGAUAUAUAUGCCAGACCGCCUGAAGAGCCUCCUGGUCGAUGACUGGGAGAACAUCACCAAGAAUCUGCAGCUGGUGCAACUGCCGUCAAGCCGGCCGGCCGGCGUCAUCUUAGACGAGUACCAAAAGUAUGCACAGGCAACCGGCAGCCGCAAUGGUACCGAGCUCGACAUUCUCGAAGAAGUCAUUGCAGGUCUCAAGGAGUAUUUCAACAAAGCUCUCGGUCGUCUAUUGUUGUAUCGAUUUGAGCGCGAACAGUUUUACGAUAUCGAUACCCGGAUCAAUCAACCAACCGAUGACCUUGCCGGCAAGCCAUUGAUUGAUAUAUAUGGCGGCGAACAUCUUCUACGACUGCUUGUCACCAUGCCAGAAUUGAUCGCGCAGACGAAUAUGGAUCAUCAAGCCAUCAAUCGCCUUCGCGAAGAACUGAGUGGCAUGACAACAUGGCUCGCCAAAGAACCCCAGAUCAAUGCAUUCUUUGCUUCUGUAUAUGAGAGCCCGGGGCAGGCCUACAUCGACAAAGUCAAGUCCAGUACCUAG